AGGCAUCUGGUUUCGCUUUUCUCAACGUCGUCGCACCUCCAUCGUCGCCGGGAAGCUGUAUGAUCAAGCUUUGAUUGAAACUGGUCGACCGAUCUAUUGAAUUGGACUGGAGAGGAAUUGCAGCUAUAAGCUGUAUGAUCUGCUUUCUAAUUAGUUCUCCAUGGCCAGUGGAAGCAGCAUCGGAGUCGGUGGUUUAUUUGAGAACGCGGAGGUGACUACGAGUGGCAGACCCGUGCUUCGCCGCAAUGAGGUCGAGUGUUUCCUCCUCUCCUCCGUCGAUUUGGAUUCCGAAGAUGAUCCGCCGCGAUUCACCGCCUUGAAGUCCGGAAAUCUUAUCCUCACCACUCAUCGUCUCAUAUGGAUCCCUUCUCAGUCAAACGAAGCCGUUCCUUUUUUCAUUCCUCUUUCCGCAAUUACCCACAUCUUUUCCCAUAAGAAAUCCAUCAAGUCUAUGUUCCAUUCGCCCCGGAUCCGGUUCCAAGCGGACCCGGGUUCGGUAUUCGUGACCAUUGUCUUCAGGGGGAAAGGGGAUUUCGAUGGUUUCUUGACGAAAUUCUGGGAAUGUUGGAGAGGCAGGGCAUGGGAAGAGGAGGAGAAGAGCGAGAGCGAGACUUCCCGGUCCGGAGCUGGAACGGUUGCACAAGGAUUAUACGGAAACGAUGGAACGGUGAGGAUGGUGGGAUUGGCUGGGAUACUGAGGAAGGAGCAAGAACAGUGGGAGAGCACAGACAAGAGCUUGCAGGAUGCUUUUCAGGAUUUGAAUGCUCUUAUGAGCAAGGCUAAAGAGAUGGUGAGUCUGGCAGAAAAAAUGCGGCAAAAGCUCUUGUCUGCUCCUAGUAGUCAGAACGGAUCAACUGAUGAUGAAGAAAUGGGGUCCAAAGAAGAAAUGCAACAAUGGAUGUUGAGUGUUGGUAUUAUCUCCCCGGUUACAAAAGAAUCUGCUGGCGCCUUGUACCAUCAAGAAUUGUCCCGCCAGUUGGCAGAUUUUGUCAGAAUCCGAUUAGAACAAGCUGGGGGGAUGAUCAGCCUUACCGAUAUGUAUUACCACUUCAAUCGUGCUCGUGGGACAGAGUUGAUUUCUCCAGACGAUUUGUGGAAAGCUUGUACCCUCUGGGAGAAAGUUGAUGUUCCAGUAAUGCUGCGGAAGUUUGAUAGCGGUGUGAUGGUCAUCCAAAACAAGUCCCAUAGUGACGAGGAGGUUAUGAGUAGAAUCAGAAUGCUUGUGACUAAAACCGAAACUCUAAGAACUGGAGUCACUGCUAGUGAUGCAGCUUUGACACUGAAAAUUGCUCCAGCCAUGGCCAAGGAACAUCUACUAACUGCAGAGACCAAAGGUUUGCUGUGUAGAGACAUGAGCCCAGACGGGCUUCGAUUCUAUUUCAACCUGUUUCCCGAGAUCGAUCCGACCAACCUCCAUUUAGUUAAGGACUUCGGGACCUACGGUGAAUGGGUCAAAGCGACUAGUUUGUUGGCCGUAUGACACCCAAAAUCGCCAAUAACUUAUGUAUUUUUUGGUGGGCAAAGUUGAAUAUAAUUUUGGUUUGUGGGAAUCUUUAGGUGUGAAUGUAUUACCGGUUUGAGUUUGUAACAAAAUGUCUCUUCAAAUAUUGUUUUUCAAAUAAAAAUAUUAAUAGGAUUUGAGAACUUUGAGAA